AUGCUCCCCCACCAGGGCCAGCCAAGCCUCCCCCCAUCAAAUCCCGACCACCUGGGUCAGCCAGCCCUGCCCCCACCAAAUCCCCCCUCACCAAGGGGUUGCAGCGCCGGCUCCUCCUUUCCCUGCUGCCGGGCGGGCGGGCGGGCGGGGAUCGCCCAGCUGCUUCCCCGCGAUAAGGUGCAGGGUGUGAAAAGCGAGAGGAAUCGGGCCUUGGCUCUGCGCCCCCCGCUGUCGGAAGCGGUGACCGCGCAGCCCACCCCUGGGUACGGCAGGGCUCGGGCUCGCCCCCGGGGCCAGCUGCGCAAAGCAGGGAGCGCGGAGCUCCCGCUCCAGGGCCGAGUGCCCACGCAGCAGCGCUGUGCCACGCAGGGAGGUCGGGCCCGCGAGGCCGCAGCUGCCCCCCACCCCGGGGCCUGGCUGGCCGCGCUCCGGCUGGGGCAGGCGUUGUUUUGCGACCUGGCUUUGCAGCGAGAGGCUGAGCGCCGGGAUCACGCGGAGGGAGGGAGGGAGCUGCGGGCUGUGUGGGCGCGGGGCUGGGAGGGCGGCUCCGCCUGGCUGCCUGCUAAUCGCACGUUUUCCGCUGCUAAAAAGAAACCGAGAGACACCGUGGCCGAGCCGAGCGCUGGCUGUGUGGCUGUGCCAGGAAAAGAUGGCGCUGUCUCCCCUCCCCGCCCCCCGCUCGGCUUCCUCUUCCUCCCCGCCAGGCCAGCUGAGCCGGGCAGGUUUCCGAGCCCCCUUGGUCGGCCGGACCCCACUAGCCUCCCAGCCGCGCGGCGCGUCUCCGCCUUUCCCAGCCCGGUAUUGGCGGAUCCCCUUUUCUCUGCAAGGCUCGCCUUUGUCUGGCGCGCUGCUCUCUGGCCGGGGAAGCAGAUUGGACUGGGGGGGGGGCGGCAGCUUCCCUCCCCCCCAUUUCCUUCCUCUCCCCACGGGCAACAGGGAAGGGGCCAGACCUCGCGGCCGGAACCUUUGGCGGGGGAUCUGGCUGGGUUUGAGACACAACGUGACCUCGCUGGGCUCCAGCUGGCUGCUGCUGCUGCCCUGGGCUUUGGGCAGACAAUGUCCACAGGCUUCAGAAGAAGAUAGUCUGUUCCUCAAAAUGGUGUACAUCUGAUCUCCAUGCUUCUUCCCUUCUGUUUUCUCCCUGUACUGUGAGAUCAGACCACUUCAGCAUGAGGAUAGGUGGGGCCUCAAACUGAGAUCAGGCUUUCAAGUGGAGGAAACAAUGGGCUGGACUGGGAGGAGUGGGCAGAAGAAUCAGAGAAAGGGGAAGGAGAUAAGAAGCACAUGUUCCUUGGUGUCGGGAUGACUGCAGAGUGUCUGUCUUCAUCUGAAACUCCUGACUGGACCUGGCAUUAAAAUGAAGGUAAUAGCUCACAGUUCCCUGCCAGAUCUCAGAAGAAUCUCAAGGAGAUUUGAAAAUGCCAUCAGGGCAUCAGGGGACAGUAGUGGAGGACUAUCUGAACCACUCCAUUCUGAACCAUUGUAGUACAAUCUGUGCUGGCAUUAAACCAGUGCAGGCUGAAUUGGAUCAGUUGAACUAGCACCCUGUUGAAAGCAUGUUUAAUCCAGGGAUUUGGAGCUGUGCUCUGGCUCCGCUCCAGCUCCAGGCAAAAACCUGCAGCUCCACUGCUCUGGAGCUGCUCCGUGCUCCAGCUCCGGGCUCUGCUCCAAAGCCCUGGUUUAAUCCAUCCAAAGCAUGCAUAUAAACCAGGUGGAUCUGAUGUGUUUUACAAGUGUGCUAAAAAGGACCACAUGGUUCUUGGCAAGGUAAAUUUCUCUAGAGUAGUCAAGGCCUAAACUCGUGGUAUAGGCUAGGGUAUUUAGGUUGGACUGUUAAGGCCAGGGCAAGAAUUUUGAAAAUUUUCUGCCUCUUAGUCUGCCAUUUUCUUUCUAAAUGCUACUUCUUUUUGAUAAUCAUCAUAUUUAAAAAGAAAAUAGACAAUUUUUAUUGUAUUGGGGCAACCAUAGUUAUAUCUGAUGAUGUUGUAUGACCAUGGCAAAAUAACAGCUCUCUUCAGGAGGCCAGAACAAGGUGCAUAGACCCUAGAGGUGAAUUUCAGCCAUAGCCCUUUUCAUUACUCAAAUGUUCAGCUACUGUCUUAUCAGUGAACACUGAGACUUGGAGUGGACACUGCCGAGAACAAGAAAGAGGGGCGUUGUCUUCUACCAUCUUGAAGAAGGUUCACUGCCAGGGACAUGCUCUGUUGCUCAUUUACUCUACCUCCAGAUUCUUCAUGUGCUCCCUCGCUCACGGGUGUGUGUUCUCACACUCUAAUAUACACACAUCUAUUUCCGUGUCAACAUACACACGUUUGUUUCCAUGUCAUAGAUUACAUUACAUUUUAUCGUAGAUAAAGUUGUUUUAACACC